CUGCCCCGCCCCGGCGCAGACUGCGUGUGGCGCCGCCGGAGGCGCAGGGCUUGCCGGGAAUCGUGGUCGACUAGCGCGUCGAAGCCAGCUAGCCGAGCUCGCUCGGUACUACAUUUCCCACAAUUACUGCCAUAAUGCCCAUUGGUGUGGGGGAAGCCAUGGGAACCGGAGGCCGUCAGGGGCAGAGGCGGGCGGUGCUCACGCCUGGCUAGAGGGAGCAGAGACUAAGGAGGUGGCGGAACCGACUGCCGGUCCCGCCCUGAGUCCCUACCCUUUGGAGGACCGCGCUUCUCUUUCGGAAGGAGUGUUCGCGGCAGCCGCCGCCACCUGGAGUUUCUUCAGACUCCAGGUUUCGCUGUAAACCUCCAGGAGUCCAAAGAGGAAACGCGGAGCGGAGACAACAGUACCCCAAGCCUCUUUGAGCCCGAGAUCACCCCAGCAGGGAUGGGCGACAGGAUCUGGCUGUCCUUCCCCGUGCUCCUUCUGGCCGCUCUGCCUCCGGAGCUGCUGCCUGGGGCGGCCGGUUUCACACCUUCACUCGACAGCGACUUCACCUUUACCCUUCCCGCAGGCCAGAAAGAGUGUUUCUAUCAGCCCAUGCCCCUGAAGGCCUCGCUGGAGAUCGAGUACCAAGUUUUAGAUGGAGCAGGAUUAGAUGUUGAUUUCCAUCUUGCCUCUCCAGAAGGCAAAACUAUAGUUUUUGAACAAAGAAAAUCAGAUGGCGUUCACACUGUAGAGACUGAAGUUGGUGAUUACAUGUUCUGCUUUGACAAUACAUUCAGCACCAUUUCUGAGAAGGUGAUUUUCUUUGAAUUAAUCCUGGAUAAUAUGGGAGAACAAGCCCAAGAACAAGAAGAUUGGAAGAAAUAUAUUACUGGCACAGAUAUGUUGGAUAUGAAACUGGAAGACAUCCUGGAAUCCAUCAACAGCAUCAAGUCCAGACUCAGCAAAAGUGGUCACAUACAAACUCUGCUUAGAGCAUUUGAAGCUCGUGAUCGAAACAUACAAGAAAGCAACUUUGAUAGAGUCAAUUUCUGGUCUAUGGUUAAUUUAGUGGUUAUGGUGGUGGUGUCAGCCAUUCAAGUUUAUAUGCUGAAGGGUCUAUUUGAAGAUAAGAGGAAAAGUAGAACUUAAAAGUCCAAUCUAGAAUACCUAACAUUGAAAAACGAGGCAGAAAAAUGCAGAACUGUUACAGUAAAGAUCAUUAAUGGUCUUCUCCAAAAUACUUUGAGAUAUCUUAAGUGUGAAACAGGUAUAAUUUUAAUGUGAAAAUUAAGACUUCACUUUCUGUGCAAGUAAUACUGUUGAUCCAGUUUACUUAAGUGUAUAACAGGAACACUUUGCAGAAUAUAGGUUUAAGUGAAUGAAGCCAUAUUAAUAACUGCAUUUCCCUAACUUGGAAAAAUUUUGCAAAUGUCUUAGGUGAUUUAAAUAAAUGAGUAUUGGGCCUAAUUGCAACACCAGUCUGUUUUUAACAGGUUCUCUUACCCAGAACUUUUUUUGUAAAAGUGGCAGUUACAAAUUAACUGUGGCAAUUUUAAGUUUCAAAUCAUCUGAGAAUUACCUAAUUAUGGACUGAAUAAAUCUUUAGACUA